CCGCCCGCCCCGCCCCUCGGCGUGCUGCGUCAUCAUCUAGCGCCCCCACCAGGACGUGCGAAAAGCGACGGCGCAGCACAGUGCGGCGUAGCUCCUGCUCCCCUUUCCCCUUCGCUGGGUGAGAGGUGUCUAUGGGGCACCCGCUUCCGCCACCGCUACCGCCACCGCCACCGCCGCCGAGUGCUUUCUCUAUGGCGAGGAGGAGGAGGAGAAGCACGAGCUCAACGACACAAGUACAUAAAUAAAAGACAAAGUAUUUUAUGAAAAAAAUCUUCAAUCAAGUAUAACAUUUUGAUGCUUGGCAUCUAGGCUCCCUUGUGCCCUCACUAUGCCAGCAGCAACUGUAGAUCAUAGCCAAAGAAUUUGUGAAGUUUGGGCUUGCAACCUGGAUGAAGAGAUGAAGAAAAUUCGUCAAGUUAUUCGAAAAUAUAAUUACGUUGCUAUGGACACCGAGUUUCCAGGUGUGGUUGCAAGACCCAUUGGAGAAUUCAGGAGCAAUGCUGACUAUCAGUACCAACUAUUGCGAUGUAAUGUAGACUUGUUAAAGAUAAUUCAGCUAGGACUGACAUUUAUGAAUGAGCAAGGAGAAUACCCUCCAGGAACUUCAACUUGGCAAUUUAAUUUUAAAUUUAAUUUGACGGAGGACAUGUAUGCCCAGGACUCUAUAGAACUCCUAACAACAUCUGGUAUCCAGUUUAAGAAACAUGAGGAGGAAGGAAUUGAGACCCAGUACUUUGCAGAACUUCUUAUGACUUCAGGAGUGGUCCUCUGCGAAGGAGUCAAAUGGUUGUCAUUUCAUAGUGGUUAUGACUUUGGCUAUUUAAUCAAAAUCCUGACCAACUCUAACUUGCCUGAAGAAGAACUUGACUUCUUUGAGAUCCUUCGAUUAUUUUUUCCUGUCAUUUAUGAUGUGAAGUACCUCAUGAAGAGCUGCAAAAAUCUUAAAGGUGGAUUACAAGAAGUUGCUGAACAGUUAGAGCUGGAACGGAUAGGACCACAACAUCAGGCAGGAUCUGAUUCAUUGCUCACAGGAAUGGCCUUUUUCAAAAUGAGAGAAAUGUUCUUUGAAGAUCAUAUUGAUGAUGCCAAAUAUUGUGGUCAUUUGUAUGGCCUUGGUUCUGGUUCAUCCUAUGUACAGAAUGGCACAGGGAAUGCAUAUGAAGAGGAAGCCAACAAGCAGUCAUGACAUGAAAUAGUCCUUUUGUUUUUAUUUUAUUUGAGCUACACAUAUGCUCGUGUAUAGGUUUUAUCUCUGGUUGAAUCCUUGAACAGUAGACAGCACCUUUCUUUUUUUGUUUUUAUAGCCCAUUUUAUUUUCUGCCUUUCAGUACUAAGUAUGACCGUUCCUAACUCAGAUCUUAAUAAGUAGAAAUGUAUUCAGGUUAAAUUUGGCCUUAAUUUAAUAUACUUGUUAGCAAGCGUGUGUAACACAGAGUGGGGAAAGCUCUAUCAUACUGAGUAUUUUGAUAAACUUUACCUACUUGAGCUUGGUUUAUUUUUUCCCUUUUCCUAAAUUAACUCGCACUGACUGUAAUUUAUUUCCCUGUUUCAUGUCUCUCCCUUCCAUUCUCCAGGAGUUUUAGCUAUUUGAGAUUGUGGACCAUCAAUUUUGCACUUUAGAGAGAGAUUCUGACUCAAAUCCUCUGUUUUAUCAGAAAGUUUGGUUUUCCUUGCUCUUAGCUGGAGAAAUGACCAUCUGCCAACUUUAUACAGUAUACUUGUUUUUGACCCACAGAAUAUAGCACAUUCAUUGUGCACACUCAGCAAGACUAACACAAAGACAAGAAACUACUGAGGAGCUUAGUAACUGCUGUUUCUGUACCUGGUGUCUAAUCUUCCCAAGCACAUCCAGUGUCUGUUGGUUCCUAACUGGCAUGUGUAGGCUGCUCUGUGACUGAAGAACUUUCAAACCAGCUUUACACCCUUCAGGAAAAAUCCCUUGUGAUUGGAUGUUAUCUGCCAGGAAACUGGUACUCAAGAUGUUGAAGCCACAGUUAUUUUAUGAUAGCACACUUCCCCUUAACUGCUUCUUUUUAUUCCAUCACUGUUUACUCUUGCUUUUUAUUUUAUAGCCAUACUUAUGAAGCUCUUGAUUUGUUGAUUAUACAAAUCAAUUUUAUUAAAAUCCAAAGAAAACCAGUCGUUAGGUAUAUUUUGUACCAAAUUAAAUUAGAAGACAAAAAAUUGUGCUUUCAUAGUUGCUACAUAGAUAAAUAAUGGAAAGAUUUGGUGCAAAACAACAAAAUACAAAAUCUAUAUUCAUAUAUAUAUCUUAUUAAAAUUACCUGAGGAGUGUAAUGCUUGUUUAUUUUUUUGUGUAUAUCUUUGCAAUCUAUUUUAUAUAUAUUGACAAAAGAGACUGUGAAAUAUUUAGCCAGGCAGAAUAUGUGACCAGACCAGAGCAUGUGUAGGACGACUUUUUGGUAAUUAUUAACUCUGCCCCGAAAUGAUGGACUGCAGGUUGUAAUGUGUGUUACCUACACUUCAAUCAGUAAUAUUAGCAACUCUCCAAAUGUUAGGCAUAUUGGUUUGUUUCCCUUGUACAUUCUUUGUUCAUCAUAUAAUGCUGUAACUGGGUGGUCCUUUUUAAACAAAACAUUAUUUGCAAAACAGAGGGUAUUAUUUGUUUUUAAAGCUUUUGUAAAUAAAGGCUUCAGAAAUGUUUUCUUAUA